CAUCAGCUGUUCAAGUGAGCCAACCUUCUUAAUUCAACCAUGCCUACAACUUUGCUCUCGAUUGGCACACAGCCUUGAUAUCGAUUGUGACAUUUUCCAUCAGAUCAGCCGCUUAAAGCAAUCGACCAAUUUAAUUGUUUUAUCCACAACUAUGGUUUUGUGCAAAUUCUACCAGCAUGGAACUUGUCGAUUUGGUUCUAAGUGUCACAAUGAACAUUUUGACGUUCGGCAAAUUAUUAAAACUGAUGUGGAGGCAGCUAUCAACGGUAAACAAUGGCCACUUUCAUCCUAUGGUCCUUUUAAGGAUAAACCCAGCAUUCCCAAUUUUAUUGAUGACCAAUUAUUUGAAGAAGUGCGUAUGCUAUGUUAUGAAGCUAAGCAGAAUAAAUCUCUCCAACAAUUUCAUUUGAGAUUUACAAAUGAGGUUUUAGAAGCAUCUAAUAAAAUGAAAGCUUUACUGAAUAUGACUCCUGAUAUUGUCGAUAUAGUAAUAAAAUGCUAUGAUGCCCCCGCUGUAGACAAUAAUUCUGCCCAAACUGGUAUUCCGUUUGGAGCAAUAUCGUCAGGCGGUGGUUUCUUCGGGAAUUCGUUGGCGCAUAUCUCUUCGAAUGAAAAUGUGUUUGGUGCCGGUAAACAGGAUAACAAUAGCACAUUGGAAAUUAAAAGUAGCUUUGAAGGGGGUUUUAAUAACUCUUCGAACCAGAGCAUAUUUGGUUCAUCGACUGUGUUUGGAAAUACAAAUGUUCAGCAACAAACUUCCAGUAUGUUUAGUCAGCAUCAUCAGCCCUUGUUUUCGCAAUCUCAGCAACAAAGCUGUGGUAAUGGCUUUGGGUCUUUCUCUCAGCAAGUUCCAAAAUCAUUUGAACAAUCACAGUUUAGUGGCAAUAUUUUUACGCCAACGGCUCCAUCAACCAAUACUCUAAACCAGACUUCCUUGCAGCUUGAAAAUCGACAUGAAAUCAUGGGACAAUCAUCUAUACAUCCAAUGCCGCAGUCAAAUAACCAACCUGUGUUUGGACAACAAUCGCAAAAUCUGUUUGGAACGCAGUACACACAACAUGAUCCAAUAAGUAUACCACAUAGUAUAAAUUCAACGAUCAAUAAUCCUCAUAGAAAUGGGCACGAUAUUGAGGUAUCAAGUGUAUACAGCAAUAUAGAAACUUUAACUGCAGUCGAGAUUGAAGCAUUUAAGUCAAAUAGUUUUCAACUAGGAAAAUUGCCAAAGAAUCCACCACCUAAAGAGUUAAUCAACUAAUUCUCCAAAGCGCAUUUAUAGAACGUACCAUUCAUUAUUCCGCAAUAGUUCUUGCUGCAAUUCAUUGGCAAGUUGCAACCAUCCUGAAGUUGAAAUGUGGGAUCACAACAGAAAUAAAAAUUUGUAUUAUGGCUGGUAUUGUGUUUGUUUUUCACAUUGGAAAGCCCACAUUUUUCCCGAUUACGUUUUGAAACACAAAAAAAAUUCAUUGAUAACAAUACUUUUAUUAAAAUUAUUUCAUAACUUAUGGGGAAAUGUCCUACUGAAUAAAAUCAGGACUUUUUUGCUUCAGAAUCUAUUAUCCAAUAAAAGUAAUCAUGAAAAAUUUUCUCGAAAAGCCAACAUAGUACCAUCAUUUACGCAUAUUAUUUUAUUAAUGCCGGUAAUAGUGCUUCAGCAGUCUGGAAAAUGAAAGAAAAAAUAAACAAUACAAAUAAAUCAACAUAAGAAAGUAUAGAUGUUAUAAAAUUUCAACAACAUAAAUGUAUUUUAAUAGAUUAUAUACUGCUGUA